GUCCAAAUGGCUGAGAAAGAGAGCGACAGGGGCUGGCAGCAGUUAUUUAAGUCUACAGCUGCCUUGUUUUUAUGGUCUUUGCCAGAGCUUGGUCUCUUUCUCCCUCUGUGCCUCUCUCUCUUUUCACCUUCAUGCUUGAAGUGGCUGCUCGCAACCUUUUUCACACAAGGUUUAAAGUUUGCUUGCUUCUCUGCAAAUAAUUCUCUCUGAUUUAAAUUAUCAGUGGCAAGCAAAAUCAAUAAAGGCGAUAUAAAAUUAGACAUAAACAUGUAUUCCUUAAGAAAAAUCAGGUUUAUUUUGCUUUGUGAAAUACUAGGUCUCCAAAUGACAUUCAGGAUCGAUUCAUGCCGGUGCUGGAUUCGUCUACAUACCUUAGUUGAACAGCAGUGUUAUUGGUGGCAGCCUACGAAGCUCAUAUAUGGAGUUUGGUGGGUGGGCUCCUGAUCUAAAGCAACCAUACUGGGAACUUCCAAGACCAUCCCGAAUUUGUGCAACUCAUUUAGUCCAAUGAUCAUUUGCUGUUUUUCAUCACAGAUGUGACUUAAAAUCAGAAAGCAGAUGUGAACAAUUUACAGAAUCUGUUUUUUAUUUGGUGUAAAAUACAGUCUACAUUUAAUUUUUCCUUUUCAAAACUGAAUUUUAAAGUUGCACAUAAUUACAUUUGUCAGUAUUAAAGAACUAUUUACAUUUCUCAUCAAUGCAAGUCACUGUUUCUAGAGUGCUACUAGACAAGCGUCAUCACUGGAGCUGGACCAGUGUCCAUCAGCCAACUGUUUUCAAGUUUCAUGACUGUUUAUAAACCCCAUUAGCCACUACCGAUCUGGUAGUGGGCACAAAUCUCAGAUCAAGCCUAUCAAUUAGACAGGUGAUGACUUCAGGAUAUGUUAACUGCAAAUACAUGUUGGCACCUUGAGUAUCUUGAGGCUGUUAGUCAUUAGAAAAUAUGGCUCAGGCUGAGACACGUGUAUAUCAAAGGAGCAGUACGUCAUCAUGUAGUACGCUGGGCUUUGUUAUCUCACAGUAGAUGUAACGGAAAGAGAAAAAGCAAUACCCUCAGUACGCUAGAAAAAGAAGGGAGCAAUGGGGACAGUUGUCUCUCACCAUGCCCUGUUUGGCCAUAUUAGUCCACAGAUGACCCCAAAGUAAAUCCUGUCUGUUGGCAUUGAAUUUACCUCAUUCCAAGACUCCUGGAGCCUAUUUUGGAGCAUUGGUAAGCUGAUCCAUGCCGCCACCUUCCAGCUCCUCCCUCAUUCUCUUACUUUCCCUCAGCUCUGUUUUCCUGCCAAACCUGAUGGUGUGGCUAAAGUUAGCCACCCAUGGGGCUACUAUAUAAGACCCCAAGAGCCCAAUACUUCCAUGUCAGUCGCAUCAGCUUGGCGUAGGCUUCUCUUCUUGACCAACAACAACCCCACAAACUUGAGAGAUGGCACCCAAGAAAGCCAAGAGGAGGCAGCAGCAGGGUGAGGGUGGAUCCUCCAAUGUGUUCUCCAUGUUUGAGCAGAGCCAAAUCCAGGAGUACAAGGAGGCUUUCACAAUCAUUGACCAGAACAGAGAUGGCAUCAUCAGUAAAGACGAUCUCAGGGACGUGUUGGCCUCCUUGGGCCAACUGAAUGUGAAGAAUGAGGAGCUGGAGGCCAUGAUCAAGGAGGCCAGCGGUCCCAUCAACUUCACUGUCUUCCUGACCAUGUUUGGCGAGAAGUUGAAGGGUGCUGAUCCCGAAGAUGUUAUUGUGAACGCUUUCAAGGUUUUGGAUCCCACAGGCACUGGCACCAUUAAGAAGCAAUUCUUUGAGGAGCUCCUGACCACCCAGUGUGACAGGUUCUCUGCUGAGGAGAUGAAAAGCCUGUGGACUGCCUUCCCCCCUGAUGUGGCUGGCAAUGUAGACUACAAGAACAUCUGCUAUGUCAUCACACACGGAGAGGACAAGGAGGAGUAAAUGCCCCUCUCUCAAGACCUCUAUCUCCGCCCAAACCCCACCAUCUACUCACUCCCUCCUAUCCAUCGCCGUGGCUUCCUUGCACACCCUCACAUCCCAGCCUGCUCUUUCUGUUGGUAAGCUCGCUGUGAAAAGACUUGUCUCCUUUAUUAAAAUACUCAGUGAGAGGACUGAAGGCUGUGGAGGUGUUUGUGUGUGAGUACCAACAGGGGAACCUGAGAUUAUUCUCAAUAAAAAUAAUCUUGUGACAUUGAAACACUCUCCAUCUCUGUCCCUGCCUCUUGUUCCUCCUUCUUAUCCUCCCAUCACUCACUCUGUCUUCUACGUUGAGGCCAUCAGCGCAUGCAUCAUAACUGUGUACAGUCGGUAUGCAUAUUCAGUCCAGUUAAAAUGUCUCUUGGGCGCUGUGGUGCGUGCACAGUCACUUGCUUGAAACAAGUAAGCAGCCUGGCCUGAGCGGUUUGUUAGUCUUAAUGUGACAUAGAGUGUUUAAUGGAUUUGUACCUUUGUUUGUAUUGGAGAGGGGUGCACAGUAAAAGAGUGGGAGUACUGUACUAUAAUAGUUUGCAUACCUCUCUCUUUUUAAUCUGUCUGUCCAUCUCUUAUACACAGGUAUGAAAGGAAAAGUUGCAAUGAAAAGAGGAAAGUGUGAUCUUUUAAAAGAUUUAAAUCUUGUAACUAGAGAAAGAGAUGGUGAAAGAUAGUGAGUGGUAGGCAGAAAAGAAAUGAACAAAAGUAAAACAUCUUUGUUUUUUUAGGGUUCUUCCUCCCUCUCACUGCUGU